AUGGAUCCCAAGGAGGCCAGUGGGGCUGAAAAAGAGAAGGAAAAAGAGAAGGAGAAAGUGAUAAAGAGGAGGAACAGGCCUGUAUUCCUGCGCUACUUGGAGAGGAGAAAGACGGACACUGUUGUGGCUGAUGACAUGGCCAAAAGUGACAUCAACCUGGGAACGCUGGUGAGGAGGAGUCAGUCUGACAAGACGGAGUACAGCGCUAAACUUAAAGAGAAAAUGACACCACAUGACUUGUCAAUUCCCCCCUCCCCUGCACUGGACCCAGAGGAGAUCCGUUUGAGAAAGAUGAACCGCAGGGCAAAGGUCAUUCAGGAGCUUAUCCAGACAGAGAAGGACUACCUCACUGACCUGGAGCUAUGCAUCAGAGAAGUGGUUCAGCCUCUAAGAAACCUGCAGAUUGUAGAUAUAGAUCGGCUGUUCACCAACAUGGAGACAGUGUGUGAGGUAUCUGCCGCACUCCUUCAUAGACUGCAGGAGGCUAUGGCUGACCCUGAUCUAGAAGCAGUUGUUAUAGGAGAAGUAUUCAUCCAGGCGAAGGCAACUUUAGAAGAUGUAUAUAAGAUUUACUGUUACCACCAUGACGAAGCCAACAUUGCACUCAAAUCCUAUGAAAAAGAGGAAGAAAUAAAGAAACAUUUCACCACUUGUGUAUUAGCGCUGAAAAAAAUCUAUGACCUAGAAGGGAAACCCAACUUGCUGGACAUGGGUUCACUCAUCAUCAAACCUGUCCAGAGGAUCAUGAAGUACCCAUUGCUGCUUAAUGAGCUGUGGCAUGCCACACCUGAAGACCACCCAGACUAUCGGCCACUUCAAGAAGCUUUAACUGCUGCCAAGAUCAUCAACGUUAACAUCAAUGAGUUCAAGAGACGCAAGGAUAUAGUUAUGAAGUAUAAGGGGUUGGAAAAUGAAGGAACAUUGAGGGGCAAACUACAUAAGUUCAACAUCCACUCCAUCCGAAAGAAAGGUGAUAGGUUUGCUGGCUAUCUCAAGAUACUCACUGGAGUCGAACCACAGGUGAGAGAUGAAAUAUUUGAUAGAGAGGAGAAGCUGUUCAGGAGUCUGGAGAAAGCUGUGAGGCAACUGGUCAAAAAUGUCCAAUGUUACCUGCAGCACACUCAGGAGAUGGUGUCGGUAGCUGUUCAAAAUAUCCAGGACAUGGAACAUGUUGUCAAGGAGCCAAACAAAAAUGACACAAACGGAUUAUCGCACAGUAACGGCAAUGACCCCUAUAAGCACUUUAAAGACAGUAUGGAGCGCUUGGUCCUCGCCCCUCUCUCCUCCCUGCACGGCAUGUUCACAGCCCCACAGAAGCUCAUCCAGAAACGUUAUGACAAAUUGCUGGAUUACUGCAGCCGCCUGGAGCGCUCUUCCUCUUUUUCAUCCUCAUCUUCCGCAUCCACCACUUCUUCCUCUUCUUCACUGGUGUCAGAAGACCCACCUGGUCCUGCCAGGAGGGACUAUGAAGCUCUCAAUGCCCUGCUAGUAGAGGAGUUGCAGAGGUUCAACAUGGCUGCCUAUACUAUCCUAACCAACUGCGUGGUUUAUCUUGUGGCCUUACUCAGAGGGCUGACAGAUAAAAUACUACUCCGCUCCCCAUCCAUACAUCAGCUACCAGCUCCAUUAUCAAACAUUGCUGAAGUGCAGAACAGCGUAAUGGAUGAGCUGAACAAUCUGACUUUUGUCAAGGAUAAUGCGCAAAAGUUAAUGGAGCGAAAAGUCAGCUUUGAGAGACAACGAGACAAGAAAAUGACGAUGCCAGAGGUACAGCAUCAAACUGAGGAACAGCGUGCCUGGCUGCUAGCAGAAUACCCACUGAGCCGUCUGUACCAGUUGAAGAGGAAGUGUAAUGGCUGCCAGGAGCAGGACCUCAGCCUGGUGGAGGGAGAGCUGGUGGCCCUGCUGGAGGACAUGGACCCAUCAGGCAGUAGCAGCCGCUGGCUGGUUCACACUGGAGGUACACAGGGUUAUGUCUACUCCACAUUCCUGAAGCAGUACAACCCUCUGAGGGACUCACAGCGGGCAGGCCAGAUGGCCAAAGAGCAGCAACAGCAGCAGCCGCCUGCCAUGGUGGAUGAAGACUUCGAUGACCUCAGCCUGUUUGUGUCAGGCAGUGGCAGCAGCAGCCUGCUAAGUUUCAGCCUCAACACCAAUGACAGCAGCUCAACUCUCUCUGGACUGCAGGGGGAGCCCGAGAGCUCUGAAGACCUGGAGGACACACUGGAUUCAGAGGCUCAGCAGUUCUAUGCUGUGUAUGCAUUUAAAGCCCGCUGUGACCAGGAGCUAACCUUGCAGGAGUACCAGCACGUCCGCAUCCUCAAGUUUUGUGACCUGGGAGGUAAUAAGGAGUGGUGGUUAGCUGAAGCUAAUGGACAGAAGGGAUAUGUCCCUGCUAACUACCUUGGCAGGAUGUCCUACGCAUAA